GUCAAGAACUAUGCUAACAGAAGAGUUUCAGAUUGCAAAAAAGAUAUUCUCGUUCUAUGGGACAAUUAUAAUUUUCUUGGCUUAAAUCCGCACGUGAAAAGAUUUUUGAAGAAUUUUAUCAGAAAUAAGAAACUGGGCGUGGAGGAACAUGGAACCCAUCUUGGUUUCAUUAGUGUCACAAGCUACAACACAGGAAGAAAAUUAUUUAAAGUAGGGGAACUUAGGAAUAAAACUGAAUUGAUAAAGUGGUUGGAUAGUUUUGAAAAUAGCACUGAUCCGAGCAGAAAUACGACCAUCAUAAGAAAAUCAUAUGAAAUCGAGCACGUAACUGAUGUGUUCAACAACGGCAGCAUCAACAAAACUUCCCGUCCUAACGUGGACGACGUCAUUUUGUUGCUAUUAUUGAGCAACGGAACGGACGCUAGGGUGGAAAAUCAAAGCAGAUUUAAGGAUGAGUUUAUGACAACAAUAAAGAAAAAUGUCACUAUUAUUGCCCUGCUUGGAAGCAUUGGAGACGAGAUCAAAGACUUGAAACUUCACAUCAAGCAUCGGUCGUCACCACAGCUAGUCUUUAAUUCAGUACUCUCGGACAAUUUUGACAAUGUUGUGAGUAAAAUUGUCGAUGCUUCGUGCACACAUUCAGGAGGAUGUGGGUGCAUAAGUGAACAGGAGUUCAUUGCAUAUACUAAACCAGGAGCCCUCACUGGAUUGGUUAAUUGGACAAUACCCGACGUCACGUGUUCUGAUUACGAAAGAGGCCAGGUUGAUCCACCUGAUCUCACACCUCCUGCAAAUUUCUCAGUGGGAAAGCACGUGAUUACCUACCCGUACUCGUAUAAACGUGGUGGCAAAGUGGUUCAAUUUAAAUGUUUUGUCAACUUUACUGUUGUUCCCUGUGAAUGUCCAUGUCCCCAAACAGUGGAAGAAUAUGUAGACUAUAGGGGAAGGGCCUUUGUCAGUUGGGUAGAACCUAAACCAAAUUGCCCAACCAUACAAAGUUCAGCUACAUACAGCAACGAGACCCAAUCAUUUGUUAUUGAAUGCCAUGUAACAAUUGUGGUAACUAUAGGUGUAUCAAUCCAGUUAAAAGGGCCUUCAAGUUCAAAUGGUAUUGGUCGUGUGGAGAUAUUCCAUAACGGAAAAUGGGGAACAAUCUGUGACGACCAAUGGGAUAUCAAGGAUGCUAAAGUUGUGUGUCGUCAACUUGGUUAUCAGGAAGCCUUUGCGGCCCUUCAGGGAAAACUUGUUCCUUCUGGUUCAGGGCAGAUAUGGUUAGACAAUGUUCGUUGUUCUGGGAAUGAGAAAAAUCUGGCCAGUUGUUCCCAUAGAGGCUGGGGAGUCCAUGACUGUCAUCAUUUUGAAGAUGCUGGAGUGAACUGCUUUGGUUUUUUAAUCCAGUUAAAAGGGCCUUCAAGUUCAAAUGGUAUUGGUCGUGUGGAGAUAUUCUAUAACGAAACAUGGGGAACAAUCUGUGACGACCAAUGGAAUAUCAAGGAUGCUCAAGUUGUAUGUCGUCAACUUGGUUACAAGAAAGCCCUUGCGGCCCUUCAGGGAUAUCGUGUCCCUUCUGGUUCAGGGCAGAUAUGGUUAGACAAUGUUCGUUGUUCUGGGAACGAGCAAAAUCUGGCCAGUUGCUCCCAUAGAGGCUGGGGAGUCCACAACUGUCGUCAUUCUGAGGAUGCCGGAGUGAACUGCAUUGCAGUUUCAGAUAAAAGUUGCGCACAUUGGUACAAGUCUGGCAGGAGAUUUGAUGGAAUUUACACAAUCAAUCCGGAUGGUAAGAGUUCUUUUCAGGUCUGGUGUGAUAUGACAACCAAUGGAGGAAGAUGGACGGUGAUUCAGAGAAGGAAAGAUGCAAGUGUGGAUUUUUAUCGUGGUUGGUCAGAAUAUAAAAAAGGAUUUGGCACUCUCUCUGGGAAUUUUUGGCUUGGUUUAGACAAAAUACAUCGUUUAACAGAAUCUGGUCAAAACACAUCAAGAAUUAUCCUGAAGUCUGGUGAUGCGAUAGCUUCUGUAAAAUAUUCGAUGUUUUCUGUGAGUCAGGAAUCAGAGGGUUAUAAACUCCACGUUGGUGGAUUUUCCACAGAGGGUAAAUACACAGGUUGCUACUGUCCAGAAAUAACCUAA